UGGAAAAGUGGGAAGAGACGGAAAUGGAAGGGAAAGGAAAGGAAAGGAAAUGCAAUGCAGAGAGGGAAAACGGUUUUUCCGAUUUCAGAAGCUCGCAGCACUUCUGUUGUCAAACCAAAGAAGAAGAAAGACACACUCAGAGACCCUUCCGAAUGGAGAGUGUUCUAAGCCAAAUUGGUGCAGGUUUCUGCAAUGGCAUGACCCCAUCAAAGGGUUUGGCUGAGAUCAAAAGGGGUGUUCUAGGUGCCCCUUUGAAGGGUUGUUCCUUUGGUGGGAGAGCAAGGCGCGUAGUGUUGGUGAAAGCUGAGGCUGUGAGCAUAAACCCUGAUAUCAGGAAGAGUGAAGAGAAGGUGGUGGAUUCUGUGGUGGUCACUGAACUCUCCAAGCCACUUACUGCUUAUUGCAGGUGCUGGAGAUCAGGGACUUUUCCGCUUUGUGAUGGAAGCCAUGUAAAGCACAACAAAGCCACUGGAGAUAAUGUUGGGCCUCUUCUUUUGAAAAAGUAAAAUUAUGAUGAUCAUGGGAUGUUUUUAUAAGAGAAUUGUAUUAAAUUUUUUAUGGCAGUUUAUUGUGGAUCAGACUUGCAUUUGAAUGUUUAGAAAUAAAACGUGGCUUAUGCUGUGAAUGUGAUUCCUUUUUCUUGUCUAUUUUGACCUAUAUUUAUGGAUGAAUUUUAUUGUGCUCAA